AUGUCAAGCGUCAAAAACAAUACUGCGGCUAACGGAGUUCCCCCNUNCUCCACCGUACGAGCUUCCAUCGUCCAAGCCUCUACCGUCUAUAACAACACUCCGGCCACUCUUGAAAAGGCAGAGAAGUUGAUUGCGGAGGCUGCGGGUAACGGAUCGGAGCUGGUGGUGUUUCCGGAGGCGUUUAUCGGUGGUUAUCCUCGUGGUUUUAGGUUUGGCAUUGCUGUUGGUAUUCAUAACGACGACGGUGGUGAUGAGUUUCGCAACUACUAUGCUUCUGCUAUUCAUGUUCCUGGCCCUGAAGUAGAAAAACUGGCGGAGAUAGCUAGGAAAAACAAUGUGUACUUGGUCAUGGGGGCGAUAGAGAAGGACGGGUACACACUCUACUGCACAGCCCUUUUCUUCAGUUCCCAAGGUUGCUUCUUGGGCAAGCACCGUAAGCUCAUGCCCACAUCUAUGGAACGUUGCAUCUGGGGUUUCGGGGAUGGAUCAACCAUCCCUGUUUACGACACUCCCCAUGGCAAACUCGGUGCUGCUAUUUGCUGGGAAAAUAGGAUGCCGCUCUACAGAACUGCCUUGUACGCAAAAGGAGUUGAGAUUUAUUGUGCACCUACUGCUGAUGGCUCGAGGGAAUGGCAAUCAUCUAUGCUUCAUAUUGCGCUCGAAGGUGGAUGUUUUGUGUUGUCAGCCUGCCAGUUCUGCCAGCGUAAAGAUUUCCCUCAUCAUCCUGAUUACUUGUUUACCGACUGGGACAACAACAAAGAAGCUGAUGCAAUUGUUUCCCAAGGUGGUAGUGUCAUUAUUUCACCUUUGGGAAAGAUUCUCGCCGGACCAAACUUUGAAUCUGAGGGCCUCAUCACAGCUGAUCUUGAUCUUGGUGAUAUAGCAAGAGCCAAGUUGUACUUUGAUGUGGUCGGACAUUACUCGAAGCCAGAGGUUUUCAACUUGACCGUAAAUGAGGACCCAAAGAAACCGGUUACAUUCGUGUCGAAGAUGGAGAAAGUAGAGGAUGAGCCAGACAAGUAA